AUGGCCCGAGGGGUCAGCCAACGAGCUGUGGGGGGUGGUGGAGGCUCGCGCAGAGUGUUAAAGUCUGGAAGCAGGGGUGGGAAUAGGGGCGCAAACAGCUCAGCCGGCAACAGGGAGGCGACGGGGGGUAGAUCGCCCACGUCGAGCGUCAAGGGCCGAAGCAGGGCGAGCAGCACAGCGGCCAAGCGGAGCACAAGGCCAUCGAGCCCGGGCAAUUUGGACGCAGAAGCCGCUUCACCGCCCGACCCUGGUCUCCUCAGCCCGUCCGAAUCGGGCAAGAUGCUCUCGACCUCGUCCAGCUCAGACGAUACCUCGGAGCACGAUGACGACUUUGAGGACGCAGAAGGGGGCGAGACUCAGGAGAUUAGUCUGGGAGACGAGCUAGCAGGGGAAGAUUUCCAGCAGGACCAUGGCACCCCAAGCGAUGCUCCCAAGCCCCGCAAUUCUGGAAGCGUGGAAGAAACAGAUGGCGAAGCGGUGGAUCUGGGCACACCGGUCUUGCCCAAAAGGCAGAUCCACAAGGUACCUUCCAGCAGCCAAUUUGUCGCGGUCGACUUGCCACUGCCAGCGCUCCACCACGCAGACACUUCGACCACGAAGGACCCCUCACCCGAACUCAGCAUCAUACCGCCCGCACCCGCUGCCGAGUUUCGCUCUCAGUCCGUCUUGUCAGACAACUCUGAUGCGUCAGCGUCCGCGGCUGGCGGAGCGAACAGCGCCACGGCUGGACAAAAGACGGCUCGUCGGUUCUGGGAACGUUUGCGGGCCGGAUCCUCGAGUGAGCCGAAUCAGGCUCCCAAACCUCCAUCGAGCAAUGAUGGAGCUUCAGAAGCGGGCUCAAGGUCAGCAACUCCUGAUCCGGGGCCCCGACCGACACUGCCGGCCCGAUCAGGCGCGUCUGCUCCAGGUGCGCCUCAAGGCUCAUCGGUUCAGCCCAUUCGCAAAUCGACGUUCGCCAUGCCCACGCUGUCCUCACUCGCAGCCGCCGCUCAAGCAGCAGCUGCAGCAGGUUCUGCCGCUGCCGCCGAUUGGGCAGCCUCGAGAAAUGCUGCAGCAGUGCAACAACCUGCGGAACGUCAGAGAUUGCCGAGAUUUCAGGUGGACGAGGCCAAGUUGGCAGAAGAUGUGAUGCGUUUUGCGGAUGCGAGAGACACGCUGCACAAUGAGAGGAAUCCCGAGCGCUUGAGGGAAUUGGGUAAUAGGUUGGAAGAGGGUUGGCGAGAGAAGGUGAGCGAAAUUGUGACGAAGCAGCACUAGCGCUUCGAGCAGCGUUGAAUCUAUUGGAUCCUACUUUGCACCUCUGGUGACAGCUCUCGGAGACAGCUGUGAUGAGAGAAAAGCUGGAGCAGGCGCAGCUAAGUAUCUAUGACGUCGAGGACGAGAACAAGAAUCUGCGUCUCUCUUUGAAGGGUCUAAGUGAGCAAAUUGCCAGCCUUGAAAGUGCUUUUCACACCUUUCAACUUAGCACUAUCGAACAGUGAGUUCAGCAAUCUUGAACGUGUCGCUGGGAGGGUUCCACUAAUGAGUCCAUAUGAUUCACAGGAUGCGCAAGGAGAAAGAGCUGUUCGAAGAGGAGAGGUGAGUUGACUUGGUGUCAAAUCGCAACCUUCACCAACUCACCCUGUCCGCUUUCGUGCGCGCAGACGCGAAGAGCUGGAAAUUUCCCGAUACGAGGUUGCGCAGGGCAAGCGUGAGCUUGCCGAAAGCAAGGCAAUCAACGCUCAGCUCCGACUGGUCGUCCUCAGCGGCUUGCGAAAUGCGACCGGGCUGGGCUCGGAGCUCGCUCAUUUGGAUCCGAAUGCAAAGACGGGGCUCGAGUCAAGGCUGAGAGCGAUCGAGAGAGGAGAGCACGGCAGUCUGGCUGCCGCUCUUGGCUCGCCACCGCCUUCUGCAACGCUCAAUACGCCCAUGCGCGCUCUUCUGUCCCACGACGGGGCAUCGCAAGCGCAGACGGAAGGCAGCCAUGGCGAGUCGUCUGCCGCGGAUGAGAGCGAAAAGAGCGGCGCGGCGACCUCGACAGAUCGAACGAGUUUCGAAGAGGGCGAUACGCUGGAAGCUUCUGUCGGUGCGAAUGGACAAGAUGGGGAAAUCGACGAGACGUCGUUGUUGUUUGACCUGCCCAUCAGUCCUACAACGUCGAGACCCGUCACGAUGCUCUUCAACGAGCCUGUUCAUAUUGCGAAGCUCAAUCAUCUUCUGGGACUCACCCCUGCGCAGUCUGGCGUUCAGGAGCCCAUCGCCGAAGCGGACGAAGGUCAGACCAUCACCAUUUCAGAGUCUGCUGGCGCAGGCGGUGCUUCGAGCGCGCCAGCAGCGGUCAGAUCUCUCCUGUCGCCAGGCAGCUCACCAGGCACCGCUCGUUCAGCUACCAUCUUUGCAGGUCAUUCAGUACCAGCGAGCGCAGCCGUUCCGCACACGCCGCACGCCCCGCCAGCUCUGGCGGCACAGCUGACGGGCGCCAAAAUGUUGGCGGAUGAAGAGCACCAGAGAGCGGUCAAGGAGGAGAAUGAGACGUUGAGAAUUCAGCUCAAGAAUAGCUUGACUGCGCUCAGGGCUUUUGAGCAGGAAGCGGACGAGCUUAGACACCGACUCAAACAGACGGAAGCUGCUGUCGAAGGUCUCUUCAAUUCUCAUUAG